UGAUUGGCCGUCUUCACCGAAAUCCUCUUGAAUGAUUUCAAACCCUGGUAUUUGGUCAGCGAGGACGGGGUUGAAGAAGGGGAGGAGAGAGAGGAGGGGAUUCCUCUUUUAAUUCUAAGUGGGCUGACCGGAUGGGAAACCUUCAGUGAGUCCGUCCACAAUGGAAAGGUUCGGCAGAUGAACGCUCCGCCUCGGGGAGCAAUCACGAAAAGUAUUUUUUUUCGCUCCUGAUCCAUAAUAUUCCGCAUGCUUUAUAUUAAGGCUAAAAAGAAAAAAGAAAAGCUUAUUUUGGUUCUGUUUGUUUAUAAGUGAAUGAAGCGACGGUCAGACGGGGGCCAGUGUAAAGGAACGUGCGCUUAUUGGACCAUGGACGUGUUUGGAAAGCACCGGGCAUUUAUUUAAAAAUAAUCACGUGUCCUUGUUUUUCAGGUAAUGUGAGCAGCGGUGUUCAACACAUCAACACGGGAUAUUUCCUUUAAAGAUCAGUGAAGACCGUCGGUUUAUAUUUGCAUCAUUUGCCCUGUUGAAGCGGAGCGCUACUUUUCUACAAUAUGUUUCCUCCUUAACAGAAGUCCACAAUCGUGCGUCGGUUCUGAGUGGUACAUUUUUUCAAAGCAUUUUUUUUUCUUUUAUAAAAAACUGAGACCCAUAGCCAUAGAAUUGUCAUGGCCAAAAAUCCGUCCGAGGGAGCAAAGGAUGAUGUGAUCCAAUUAACAGACGAGGAGCUGCUGCGGUGCAGCAAAGAGGAGCUGCUCCGCCAGCUGAGGAAGGUGGAGGGCGAGAAGAUGAACCUGAUGAUCGAGCACGGGAACAUGAUGAAAGACAUCAACAGGAGGCUGCAGGUGCACCUGCACGAGAUCCGAAACUUGAAGGAGAUCAACCAGAAGCUGCAGGACGACAACCAUGAGCUCCGGGAGCUCUGCUGCUUCUUGGACGAUGACCGACAGAAGGGCAAAAAGCUGUCCCGAGAGUGGCAGCGCUUCGGCCGCUACACUGCCACUGCCAUGUGGAAGGAGGUGGGCACCUACGUGAUGAAGCUGAAGGAGCUGGAGGCCAACCAGGAGACCGUGCUGAGGGAGAAUUCUGAGCUGAAGGAGAUCAUAGUCAUGCUGGACGAAGAAAGGAACGAGGCGGGCUCCAGAAGCUCCAUAGACAGUCAGUCCAGUUUGACCAACCUGAAUGGUGGCAGCAACAAUGUCAGGGAUGUGGGAGACGGCAGCAGCACGUCCAGCACCGGGAGUGCAGGCAGUCCAGAUCAUCAUAAUCACAAUAGUAUACACAAGCCGUCAGAGAACAUUAAAAGCGGGCCCACCAUGAGGAGGUCCAUGGAUGACUUGUCAGCACCACACCAUCACAGAAGCAUCCCCAAUGGUCUCAAUGAUUCCUCCUCUAACUACAUCAGGCAACUGGAGACAAAAGUCCGCAUCCUGGAGGAUGAUAACAACAAGCUUCUCUCACAGGCCCAUAACCGAUAUAGCUUAUCACAGAUACAGACCAGAAAGCAGUGUAACCCCGGCGACCUCCGUGCCCUGAGGAAAGGAAUGACCCUCUACCACUCAGAGUCCCAGCUGUCCUCGCUGCCCCAACGCCAGGACACGAUGCAAAGGGGAACAGGUCGCCUCCCCACCAGUGAGUCCUCUCCUGCCACUGGAUACCUGUCCUGUGUACAGAAGCCUGAGGCUGUGGUUCAUGCCAUGAAGGUGCUGGAGGUGCAUGAGAACUUGGACAAGCAGGUUCCUGAGGAGUACGAGGAUGACCUGAGUGAGAAAGAGAAAGCCAUUGUGCGAGAGAUGUGCAACGUGGUGUGGAGAAAGCUGGGUGACGCAGCAGGAUCAAAGAUGUCCGUCAGACAGCACCUCUCUGGGAACCAGUUCAAAGGACCACUGUAGUAGCUCAGCAGCAGG